UAAGUUUGACAUACAGCCGAUUUGCGUUUUGCGUAUCAGAUUAGAGUUAGACGAUAGAGAAUGGUUGCAGGUUUAUAAAUUGCUAUGUAUUGCACAAUAAGCGGCUGUGUCUGUUCCUAAAGUACAGAAAUUUAACAAGAUUUUGAAUCAAUAACUUCAUCUCGUACAGAGCGACCGUUUCAAUAACCUAUUUCGUGGUGUAAAAAGUAUUAUACUUUUGAAUAAGUAUUUAUUACAUUAACGUUUAUUUAAAUAUCCGUAACAUAUUAUACGAUGGAUAUUUUACGCCAUUUUCAAAACAUUGCUUGGUGUAAGCCGGACUGGUGCUAUCCAAGUAUGAGUAAAGAAACGAAUGAAUUACUGAGACAGUGUGUUGACUUGCCACAAGUUGAAUUAAGUGAUGACAUUGAAGAGAUUAUCAAAAAGAGUAAAGCUUUCCCCAUUCCAUUUCCCAUAAACACAGUAAGGUUGGAAGAGUUAAAAGGACGCAAAUCACUAGAUAAGUUAAAAAGGAACAUUGUUUCAACAUACCCCUUAAUACAUGAGAGAGUACUGCUACUGAUGACUCAUUUCCUCAUUUAUAAAAGAGAGUUUGGGUCCAGUAUUGAAAAAACAUUCUACAAAGACAUGACUGUGCCUGAAUUAAUUGAAAGAAUAUUAAAGAAUAGAGCAAUAUCGUUCUUAGGCCCACAUGACAGAUACCAACUUAUUACUGGAGAAACUGGUUCAGAGGGAUGGGAGUCUGUAGGUACAUUACAACAAAAGCCUCCCCUACUACUGGAGAAUUGUUUGAGUUAUGAUGAGAUGAAGCUGUCUGCUAUGUUGUAUGUGAGCGGGUUCACUUACUGUAUCAAUGAUGGUAAGAGAAACAACUCGGGAGUCGUGGACGAGGACGGAGUGGAAGAGGAGGCGGUUAUCAUUGGGCUCAUUGGACCUCGUUUCCAACGUCGCUGCCGGAUGGACAACGAGGACAUUCUGAUAACGGAAGAGCAGAAUUGUAUUGAGAACGGUUAUGGCGAGGAAGUCACCCCAACCACUUGCCUCAAUGUAUUGAAGACUACGUACGUUAGAAAUAAUCAGUCGUCGAAACACAUGUGGAGACAGAUGUGGUCGGAGUUUUAUCAAGUCCACAGUUACACUUAUGAGGAACUUUCAUCCUAUAUAACAAUACAUGAUAAAGAUAAAAGGUACAUGGAGAGAUAUGUAAAGAAACCAAACAGUGAAGACAUAUUUGACAAUGAGGUGUAUUACAAACGGAUAUGCAUUUUAGCCGAAACCACUCUUAUGGAGGCCGAGUAUAGAGCGAGUGAAUGUGGAAAGAAUGCAUUCAUUAAUGUUAUUGGAUGCGGUUUGGGUGUAUGGAUGACAUCCCCCCAUCAACCGGAUGUGUAUAUACUUACAUUCUUAGAGAGGAUCCGGGCUUUCCUUAAGAAGGACCUAUUAAGCCACGUCACAGACGUUAACUUUUCCUAUAUACAAGCCAGUCCAAGUAUAGAUGCUCUCUUCACAAAUUCUGAGCAGAAUGAUUCGCCGGUUGAUAAGCGUAUAUUCUUUGAAAGUAAACGACAUCCAAAUGGUGGAAUAAACAUUCAGUUGGAGAACAGAGAGCCUUCCUCCAAGUUGUCAGGCGAACACGCGGGCAAGUUACUAGUGAUGACUUACCCCUGGGACGGAAACGCACACCCAGGAAACGAAUUCUGGUUGAAGAAGCUGGGAUCAUCAGGUGACCCAGCGGCCGCGUGUUCAACACAAGUGUCUGAACUACACAACGCUUACAUUAACCCGGCGGUCGCCGGUCACAACCUGAGGGUGGCCGGUCGCAGGGGAAUCAAACCACUCGCGGAAUACUGUCUCGCUCUAACAUCCGAAUAACUCGUGUGUUCGAGCGAGAGGACAGAUUUGUGGCUAGUGGAACUAACUCGCUCUUAUCCAAUUGUCGCUAGCAACAUAGAAUUAAGUCGACUAGUAAAAGCCAAAUAGUAUUUUGAGUUUCGAUUUUGUCACAAAAGCAAGCAUGGAAAUAAGAAGGUUAUAAUUUUUUUAUUUCCAUAGUAUUGACGUGACAAACAUGCUUUUUGUCGCUCCAAGACAUUAUGUAUUCUUGUUUUAUACUUUUUUUUACCGGUGUUGCCACUAGCGAAUGUACGAAUUUCUUAUUGAAUAUAAAAAAAAUGUAGAUUAAAUAAUAGAAAUGCAAUUUAGGUGCGUUCAUAUAAUCUAUAGCGUGUUAUUUUAUGUCAAUUCUUAAUAUAUAGUCCGGAAUUUAGGCUGUAGCCAAUAGGAAUAUGAGAAUCGCACAUAUAGUUAGUUAAUUAGUGGUAUUUUUUUUUGUAUACAAUUUUACAGAACAUUACCGCUAUACCUAAUACGUUUAACAUAAAUUUUGGCUAUCCCAUGACGAAUAAAUUAAAGUAUUAUCUAUAUUCUAAAUAUUUUAACAAAUACUUUUUUUGUUUUUUACGUUAAAAUAUAAAAAUAUAUAUUUCAACGGCACUAAUAAUCUGAGAUUUCUCGAGAUACCCUCUCGUUAUGCAAACGAUUUAUAAGUUGUCAAUUUACCUACAUGAUUUUAAUUUUUGUAUAUCAAGUAAUAUAUAAGUCACUGAAAUUUUAUAUUAUUGAACGAAUAAUAUAAAAUCAAAUGACAACAUUAUAUUUUAAAGCUUUCAUAAAUAAUCUGGUAUUUGUAACGGAUGAAAAUAUUGACGGUAGUUGCAAAACGGGCUGUUGCUGUUGUGGAAUAUAACAUCAGAUCUAUCAAUGUGGGUAAGUUAUAAGACUGUGAUUUGUAUUUAUAAUGACAAUUAUUAGGUAAUAUUUUAAAUUCUAUGAAAUGUAUGUAUGUUGACAUUAUUUUAUGCAUUUAUUUCUAUGAAGGCUAUAUACAUAUAUAUGUAACUUUUUGUUCUAUAUAAGCAUAAUAAAAUAAGCCUAAACUUGCUAUACUUUUAGAUAGUAUAUAUAAGUGUAAAUCAUAUAUGAAAUAUUUUGUAUAACUAUGUAUCGUUUAUUUAUAUUAUACGACGUAGUGUAGACAAAUAUAAUAUUAGACCGAA